AGAAUACUGAUAUUAUUAAAUAUUGUUUUCUUCAAUAGUCCGAGUUCCCUUAUUUUAGUGGAAGGCGAAGACGACGCCUUUGAAGUCACUGCUGGCUGUGUUGUCACCAUCAAAGUUUUACUACAGAGGUCAAGUCUGUUGGAUCCCAUCGCAGCUGGACUAGAAGACCAAAGAGUGCAUGUGGGCGAGGAAGCUGACGGUGAUGCUAGUGGAUACAGCGAUCAGGAAGAUGAGGAAACUGCGGCGGCAGGGGAUGGCAUCAUCAAGGAGGAAGAAAUUAAGGAAGUUAAGAAGAAGAAGCCAUGGGAGAAAAAUCGUCCACAAAAGAAGAAAGGUGGUGCAAAAAAGAAACCUCAGAAACAGCAAGUGAAAAAAGGGUCAUUGUCAUUAUCAGAUGCGCCUCCCAGGUUUGAGGAAAGCGAUGUGGAAGAUGACUGGGAAGAAGGGUCUUUAAGAAAGGUAAAUUUAGAUGCCAAAUCUCAUAAGACCCAUCUAGUCCAUUGUCCACACUUCCCUUCAGAAAAAUACGAGUGGUGGUGGUUGGUGUUGACAAUGUGGGACAAGAAGCAGCGUCGACUUGUGUGCCCCACUGUGGCUUGCAAGACUUUAGUUGACGAGCAAACGGUGGAAAUGCGGUUUUCGGCGCCACCAGUGAAAGGUAUUUACAAUUACCAAUUAGCCGUUCGGUCUGACUCAUAUAUGGAUUGCGACUACAAUAAGGAUAUUAAGCUCGAAGUGAAAGAAGCGAAGGAGAUAGUGUUGCCUAAAUAUGAAGAUACCGAAGAUGAAGACGAGAAGGUGAUCGCAUCGAGUGAUGAAGAAUACACGGAAGGAUCGGAUUCCGACGAGGAGUAA